AUGAGAAAUAUUAAGAAUUCUUCAACAGUGAUCAAUAAAAUAAAGAAAAAUAUUAAUACUUCUACAUUUACAUUAAAACAAAUUUUGGCAUUAUUAACAGAAGAAAUAGAGCAAAGCAAAAUAGAGGCUAACAAUGCAUUGUUUAUGGAUUUAGUUCUCUUAUAUAUUAGUUUGCAACUAUCAUGCGGUUAUUCAAUAGCUAUUCUGCAAGCUAUUACAGAGUUCAAUUGUUUUAAUCCUUUUUCAAAAUCUAAUACAGAAAUGACGACAAUGAAAAAUAAUUUCAAAAUAUUUUGGCAGUCUAAUGCAUUAAGAAUAGGUGAUCUGGAUUCACCCGGGUGGUGCAACACCCCACAAUUAAAUGAUUUCGAGUAUAUUGAUUUUUUGGAAAGCUAUGAGAAUAAAAUUGCGGGAACAAAGGCUAGAGCGUGUUUAAUUGAAAGCGAUGAGGCGGCCAAAUUAAAACAAAAUGGGGCGUCUCAAAUUGAAUUUUCUCGUAAACUUGAAAAAAUACGGGAACGUUACUAUUGGCAGCCUAUAAAAAUAGGAGUAAAUGUAGAAGCAUACGAGUUUACGUCAAGAUUUACAUCCUUUGAUGAAGUUCAACAGUUUCUUUAUUAUUUUGACGAGGCAGAAGAAUUCAUCUAUAAAAUUCUAAAUCUUUUUGGUAUUUGUGCACCGGGCGUUACCUUAAACAGCCAAGAAGACCUUCUACGAGCUUUUUCAAGAGAUCUUUUCCCCUCCUUCAAAAUCAUCACAAGGAAGCUUGAUGGCUUCACAAGUUUCUGUGAACAUUUUAUUUAUUUAAUGAGUGAAUCAGAGCGGAUGGAUACACAUAGAAGCCUUGCCAUAUCAAAUUCUUCAAAUAAUAACGAAAAGAAAUUGAGAGAAUUAAAACUGUUUGUUCGCUCAUUUGAAAAAGGAAAAAGACAAUGUGGCGAUGAUAUUACAAGCGAUAUUAUAAUUACAGUUUGGGCUUUCGCAUUCAACGAGAUGAUUCUUUUAAACGCUGCGGAUAUAUUCCCUCUUGAAUGUUCUCUCAAAAUCUUGCACAAAAAUUUAGACAAAGCGGGAUUAUCUAUUUGGGAAAUCUCAGAUAUGCUUGUUUCUGCUGAAGAUCCCCUGGGAUUGAAAAGAAUUUAUUUGGUUUAUUUGCGGCUUAUUAUUUUAUUGUUGAGAAAUUUGCCUUUCUCCUUUGAUGUUGAAAUUACAAAAAUCAAAAAUGUAAAGAUUAGUAGAUAUUCUGAGUGGAAAAUACAAACCAAAAGGGAAUUUCUCUUAUCUCUCUGGCACGGCGGCAAGAUUUCCCCUGUUCACGAAACUACAACGAGCAUUCAAAUUGCACAAGAAAGAGUCAAAAGAAUGCUGUUGAAAGAAUUUUCUGACCAACUGGAAAAUAAUUAUCUAGAUUGGUUAGGGAAUGAAUUCGAAAUGAUUUUUGAGCUCAUUUUAUUGUUUUACUAUGAAUUUCCACUUGGAAACAGAUAUGGGUUUUUUCAGGAGGAAACACCUCUAUUUUCUUCUCCGCUAGGAAACUCUCUGAGAAAUUCUGUUGUUGUUCAAGAAGUUAGAGUUGGAAUUUUAAAGCAUAUGGUCAAAAAUAAAGAGGCAUUUAGCAAUCGGCCUUUGCGCGCGUGUUGUUCUAACUACAUUCCACGUAAUAUAAUUUCAAUUGUGGAGAGGCAAUGUCUUCGAUUUCCUCAAAGUAUCUUCCUUACCAAAACAUUGGUUAUGAUGAAAAAUAAUUAUUAUCACGGAGGAAAAAUAAAAAAAGAUUCGCAAGCGCGUCUUUUACAGGACGGCGCAUUAAUAUAUUCAGAGUUAAAAGAAUUAGAAGAAUUCGUAGAAGAAAUGGAUGAUCUUUCUAGUAAAGAAACUGCAUCCAAAUUUACAAGAUUCAUUGAAAUUACAACCAAUAUAGCUUUAAGAAAUAGUGACAAUCUAAUUCCGAACGAUUACAUUUGGUUAAUUCUAUUAAAAAUAAUGAUUGACGUAAAGAAAUGUGUUGCGUACGAGAAAAUCGAAGAAGUCUUUACUUUGUGUCAAAUGUGUUGUCCUUGGAGUAAAUGUGUUAUAUUAGAGAUGAUGAGAAACCAUGAACAUGGGGAUGCUUUACUAGCAAAGUUGAAGAAGCUUACAAAAAAACAUGAAUUAAAUUGGUAUAUAUCUGAGCAAGAAGUGAAAAAAUAUUUAGAAUAA